AUGGCGGGGAAUGUGAGCGAAAACGAAGAUUUGUCAGAGGUACCGUAAGAUAAGUUUGUGAAGAUCUGUGAACAUUUAUUCAUUGUGAUAUGAAGCCUAAACGUGUGUAAGGAAAGUUUUUUUGUAACGUUUGUCACCACAGGGGGUAGAUCAACUUUAUUUUCUUUUUUUUUCCAAGAUUCAAUAUGGAGGAGCUGGAUAUGGGUCUGAGUUUGACGAACAAGAAACGUUUGAGAGGUAGUACAAAUAAUGAAAUACCUUGUGUUUACGAGUUAAAGAUAGAUCAAUAGCCGUCCUUUAUUGCUAAACCUCUAAAAUAUGUUAACUAGGACUUGUGUGCUACGGAAAACCGGGAAGUACAGUAACCAAUGGUAGUUCAAUUCAGGUAGUUAAUUCCAGAAAUGACUCAAAUGACUCGGAGUAUUCAAAUAAAAGGAUACAAAAAUUUAAAUCUCUUUUUCUUAGAGAUGAGGGUCAUCCCCCCACCCACCCACAUCCUUAUAUACUGGGGUAGAAAUAAUUAUUUUCCUACAACAUGCAACAUGGCCUUGAAACAGCAACAUACAAUGUACUGCAAGUGCAAUACCAAAGGAUUGAUGCACAGCAAUGAAUAUUGCAAAAAACAAAAACAAAAACAAAGAACAGACAAGUAAAUAAAAAUGAAAUUCAAGGGCGGGUCAGCUGUUGUAUAACAUGUUUUUGUUAAUGUUGUGUCACUGUGUCACAGGAGGAAAACUUGGAGAGAUGAUGAACUGUCUGGCAUCAAGAGAAAGUCCAAUACAACUUCUGGUUUACCAAAUAAACGCAUGGUUUCAAAUGAAUAUAGCAGGUAACAGGUCAAAUAAAUUGAUUAGCAUUGCUUGUAUCAUCAACCAAUGUUAGUCAAAGUUUCUCUACCCAAUAACCUUUUUCAAAUUUUUUUUUGUGCCCCUGACGCAUUCCUUGUGACUCAGGGAUUUUUCAAGUACAUGUGUGGAGUCAGGAUUAGCCAGUCAGAAAGAGGUUGAGAUCAGAGGGCUGUAUAAGGGCAAAUUAUUUUAGCCUGGAUGGCCAGAUUGAAGAACCCUAUAUGUGACUUUCUUGGGUCUCUGAGUUGAGUUCCUGAUCUUCUUGAAUAACGGUAUGAAACACUUUGUAAUAAAAGCAGUUUGUUUUGAUCUUCUGUGGUCUUUCCCAUCUGUGCCCUCUUUUGGCUCUGCAGUAUUUCUUUUCAAUGGGAUUCUUCUGUUGUAAGCUGUAAUUUUGAGAUUGAAGUUGGUAAGACAUGCUAGAAAAGUUGCUGAAAACUUUUUUGGUGUGAUCUAGCUACCCUAAUAAUUUGGUACCCAGUUAUUCUUUGUUUGUUUGUGAAAUCAUCUGAUAAUGCCAUUAAUAUAUGUUGAACUUUUCAGGGUGGAGGCAAAAGGUCAAAAAUAUGAGUUCAUAGCCCUGGAUGCAGUAUCUUUUUUUAAUAUUAUAAUAACUACCAGUGACGGAUCCAGACCCUCAGAAAGGGGGGGGGAGGGGUCCGGUCAUCCAGACCCUGAGAUAAGGGGGGGACCUGGCCUUUAAAAAAAAUUUUUUCGGCCCUUCGGGUCUCAUUUUGGUCUAAAAAUAAGGUGGGGGAGCAGGCCCCCAGGCCCCUCCCCUGGAUUUGCCACUCAUUACUUCAGGGAAAUUAAGUCAUUGCUAUUUCAGGCCUGCCUUUUAUUUGCUGUUAUUUAAUGAGGGCAGUGUUGCCAAGAUUUGAUACAACUUGUACUUCAAUAUCAUUGGAAAUCCACAUAAAAUUAAUCAUGAUAACACCGAUCUUGUCAAAAGUUAACUUAACUACUGUAGUACAUGAGCUAUUAAUGAAUAUUAAAAGAAAUUCUUUUAAUGUUCACUAUCUGGUCAUUUUGAGUAUGAUUGUACAUAUUAUAAGGGUGUGUACUGUACCUUUUGGGGACUAUUAAGAACCCACAAUCUUAAUCUCCAAGUUGCUGUUACACUUGGUUGGCAAGUAUGUAGCCAGCAUUCCUUUGGACUUCCACCAAGUCAAGAAGAAAUGGAAUGAAUAGAACUGUAAUCUCAUCAUUCAUGUUUUUACCCUCUAGUACCUUUUAAUUUGAUCAGCCCAUGUUAUUUGACCAAAGUUAGCCCAAGAGCAUUUUUCUUUAUCAAGCUGGAAAACAUAUAAAUAACAAUAACAAAAAUACAAAUGACAAGAUACAAAAAAACUUACUAAUUGAAUUUCAAUAAUCAUCUGUAAAAAUAAAAUUAAAUUACAAAAAAAAAGGAAAUUUGUAAUAUAAAUUUAAAAAGGAAAUGAUAUAAACUAAAGAGGUUCCUUGACAAUUUAGUACUCAAAACACAAAAAGAUGAUCAAUGACUAUAUAUUGUAUUAUGGAAAAGGAAUAGAGCAUUACAAGAGAGACAGGUUUGUGAUUCACAUAUUAAUCAAAGACAAAAUUAAAAGAAAAAAAUUACUAUAGUAUUCGCCCAGUUUGUUGCCUGAUUCAUGAAAGUUGGUUUCUUUUACUACAUGUAAUAUUAUUCUUCUAUGAAUCUGUAAUUUAUUUUGCCCUUCUUUUAUCUUGAAGCGGAUUCUUAUUCUUUUCAAAGAAAUAAAGUGCUGCUUACUUAUCUUUAUGCAGUGAAGUGCAUUCAGCUGCAUGCCUAAAUGAGUUAUCGACUUUGCCACAUAUGACAGAUAAAUGCAUUUUUUAGCCACUAUAAUAGUUACUGGUCAAUCUUUUUCUGAAACAAUAAAAUCAGUGACAAGAGCUCAUUCAUACUUAUAUUUUCUAUUUCCAGACCCCAAAUUUUCAGAAUAUUAUUUACCCCAAGGGCAAUGAGUCUGGAUAAUUAACAAUUACUAAUUAAUAUUACAGUCAAACCAGGUCAAGCGUUCCCGUCGCUAACGAACUAAUGAAUUCAUUCACGGAAAAAUGAUUUCGUUUGUUGAUUCAAUAAUCCAUUCAUAAAAUGAACAAUCCAAUAGUCAUAUUUAGCCUCGAUUCCAUAAUCAAAUGUUGAUUCGAUUACUGUUUUUUGAAAAAUUACACUUUCCACAAGUUGACCUCAGAAUUUUGUUUUUUCCUCUUUUUCUUCUGAGAGUCGAGUGCUGGCGAGUUCUGAAGUUCAAACCCAAACAAACUGUUACAUGUACGCCAGUUUGCUGCCAAUAAUCAGUGCAACAGACCUAGGCCUGACCUCUUAGAAAACACGACGGUCAAACUGAGGUCAGUGUAUGUGCGGUGAUUGGUGGAUUUCGAUCCUUGGCCUUUGUGAGUUUCUUUGCGUUUGCGGUCUGUCUAUUCUAGCUGUUAUUUUGAUUAAAGGGAUUAUUGAAUCAACAAACGAAAUCAUUUUUCUAUUAAUGAAUUCAUUAGUUUGUUAGCGACGGGAACGCUUGACCUGGUUUGACUGUAAAAGAGCAGAAUAAUAGAAAACAUCUUCCAAAUUUGAUCAACACUAGCUGUUUGUAAAGAAUAAGCUGGGGGUGAUUUUUGAAUGAAAAAUGGUCAAGGUUCCACUGUAGUGAAUAUAUAUAAAAAUGCAAUUUUGUAAGGCUAAUUAUUUUUUUCUAAGUCCUAUGUUUUAAUUAUCUUUAUUAUUUGAGUAUAGCUCCAGAGACAAAACUGACUUGGAUGUCAUAAAGGAAGAACACAGGUAUGUUGACUUCCAUUUAAACUCAUUGCAAUACCAUACUGGGUUGAUAGCCUUAUUCGCACUAAUUAUUCCUGGGUUACAUCCAAACUUGUGCUCUCUGUUUUGGUACUGUUUAGUCAGCCAAUAACCUCAAGCUUUCUUCAAAACUACACAAUAUUUUAUGGGGAAUGAAACAACUUAUAUCUAUUCAGUGGUAUCAGUUUUCUGCUCCAAAGUAAGUAGUCAUUAAAUUACUAAACAUAUUAUUUUCCCUGGUCUGAUAGGUGUAUUUGGGGAAGAAGGGGGGGGGGGGCAGUCUAGAUCCUCAGAACCCUCCUUAUAUCUCCCACUGUAUUGCACAAUUCCAAAAAUUCUAAACUCAAUACCACAUUUCAGAUUAGAGGGUGUAAGAAUUAGAAUCGUCAAAAAUAAGGCAGGGUUAUAAAACUAUAAAUUUUAGAUUAAGCUGUCUCAGUUUGGUGACUUUUUUAAAAAUCAAGGAAUGAGAGAUUACAUGCUGGUUGAAGUGAAUACAAAUCAUUGUGUACUGUACUGUUAAUGACAUAUUAUCACUUUCUUGAUAGAUUCAUUUGGAAUGAAGAAGACAAUCCAGAGAGUACAUGGUAAGUUGUUUGAUAUUUCAACAUCACUGUGAUGGUUAUGCAAACACUAACAUCUAACCUUUUACCAUUUCUACUACUGACCUUUUUUUUUCUUUUUUUAGGGAAAAGCGUUUGGCAAAGAAGUAUUAUGACAAGUUGUUUAAAGAAUACUGUAUUUCAGAUCUUAGUAGAUACAAGGAAAACAAGGUACACUAUACUUGACCCAAUAUAUGUUUUAUGUAAAACUAUCAUCCUCCCCUUUUCUGUUCUGAUAUAGAUCCAUAAAUAUGGACCAUGAUGCUGAAGAAAUGUAUAAAAAUUUCCCAUAAUUUCUUGAUGCAUCUGAGGCAGUAGACACCUCAGCAAGAACAUGAGGCUAAAAGACUGAUCGCUGUUGAUAUUUAAAAGGGAUUAAGUAGAUUUCCUCGCUUGAAUCUCCCCAUGCUAUCUCAAUGUUAGCUUACAGAUGCACGGCCUCCCUUGAACUGCCCAAAUACAGACUUACUGAUAGUUUUGUGUUAAGUUUUGGUUUCUUUUACAUGUACCUUACAAUAAACUUGAAACCGCGCUUGUUUAUUAUUUUUGUUAAUGACAGUAGUCUGACAUUUGGAACCUUCUUGCAGGUGGCCUUGAGAUGGAGGAUUGAAAAAGAAGUUAUUGAUGGAAAAGGUAUAAAACUAAACUUAAAUCAUAACCACUGAUGAUUCUGAGAAUUCAAAGUUCAUUUGAUUUUUUAAAAAUUCAUUUUGAAAAUGAAAAUUUCUAUUUUGGAAAUUGAAACAUUAUUUCAGAGAUCUUGUUGAAAAUCAAAAUUUCUUUCAACAUUUGGAGUGCCCAUUUGAGAAAUUGAGACUUCCAUUUUGGAAAUCAUUUUGAGAAAGUCUAUUUUGGAGAUGGCAAUCUUGAUUUUAGCAGUCAAAAGUCUCAUUUUGAAAAUUUCUCUUGGAAAUUACAAUUUGAUUUGAAAGUUCAAAAUGCUUAUUUUGGAAAUCACAAUCUUGUCUUGGGUAAUCAAAAAUUUCAUUUUGAUAGUCAAAAAGUGCUUUCAAAGUUUUCAUUUUCACCUCUGGACAUGAGAAGAAAGAAUCCAAUUUUUUGUUUUGGAAAUCAGAACUUGAUUUUACUUCUAUAAUAAUUGUCUUGAAUCCUAACGUUUACGAUCCAGGCCUAUUUUAAAAGAUUUAUAUCCCAUUUGGAGUCAUCUGAGCAUAGUGACACUUAUAUCGUGCCACCAAUUUGCACCAAUUGGCUGAUUUUUAAGAAGGGGACAUUUUUCAUCUUGUUCUUUCUGGAUUUGCCAACAAAUCCCAUAGUUCCACAAGUUCAAUUUUGUGAUGUCAUCGCUUCUUUUCACUAUUAAAUAGUAAUUGAAGUAACCAUCAGAAGGUGUCUAAGUAGAGAGUGGACUGAAAACUCUGUAAGAGGUCCCCACAUGUGAAUAAAUAAAUAAAUACUCAAGAUGUAAUCGCCGGUAGCCUGCGAACAGCAGACGCAUUUCCGGUCGUUGCUUCUCUCCCUCCGAAAAAUAUUUUUUUGGAGGGAGAGAAGCGACGACCGGAAAUGCAUCAGCUGUUUGCAGGCUAAAUCGCCGGUCGUCACCUAGUAGUUAUAGAUACUGCAAGGCAUUAAGUCUGGAUCACAAAGGAAGAAAUUGGUGAACAGUUAUGGCACACCAUAUACUAAAUAUUAUGUUUCUUUAUUAAAGGACAGUUCAUUUGUGGCGAUAAAAGGUGUACAGAAACGGAGGGACUUCGUAGCUGGGAGGCGAGUUGUAAUUGUUUGUGAUCAUGACAUUAUGAGAAACUAUUGUUUUCACUGACUGAAUGUAGGGAGUGGAGAAAGCCAGCGAGACAAAGGUGCUCUAGUUCUUAUGUCAAGUUGAAACAAUCGCAACCGUGCUCAAGCCUUUGUUUUUUGUUUACAUACCAAUAUUCUCUCAAACGACUAUUUAACUCUGACAAUAGACGGGAUCGAAACGCACCAAUGACAUUACGAGUCUUUGUAGCCCAAUAACAUCACGGCUUAACUGACAGACGACCAAUAACAUCGCGACUUAAUUGACCAAUCAGGUCAAUAACCAGAGUUUAAUACCAUCAACUGACGUGAUCACUUUGACUAAGAGGUUGUCGAAACAUCAGUCACUGUUAACAACAACAGUCCUAUUCAGGACUACGUUCACCCAGACGAUCGUACUCAACCGACCUCCGAGUUGACUACUGGGUUAAAACCUUUCAGAAACCUUUCACAUUAUUUUCUCUGUUGAAUAGUUCUACUGUCGAACCUCCACUAAAGGCCACCUCUCUACAACAGCCACUUUUUUUUGGCAGACAGUCCAUACAUUGACUCUCUAGGAUUUAUUGUUUGGCAGAGAAGUCCCAAGUGGCCAAAGGCAAUGAGCUUUCCAGGGGGGUGUGGGGGCAUGCCCCCCAGAAACGUUUUGAAAUGAAUAUGCGCUGACAUGCAAUCUGGUGCAUUUUGAGACUCAAUUUUGCAAAAUGUUACAGUGUUUGCACUAACCUCGUCAUGUCCGGAUGAUUUUUCCGAUAUAGUUACUUAUAUACUGUAAUGAGAACAAUAUUUUUUUGGGGGAAAGCUGAUCAUUUUAGGGGGGGGCAGGAAGCUUCUACCCCUCAAACACCCUAGAUAGAACCCUGACUUCUGUUUAAACCUCUCUACAACGGCCACCUCUCUACAAUGGCCACUUUCGUCUGUUCCCAAGGUUGCCAUUGUGGAGAGGUUCAACCGCUGUAUCAUUAAGAAACCGAUAUAAUACGUAUAUUUAUUUUCGCAGUUCACCCUUUUUUGUUUUGAUGUCAGGGUUGAACUGUAUCUUUCUUUUCGAAGUUUAGUUGCAUUUUCAAUACUUACACUGUCAUUUUCUUUUAAUUAGCAAUUUUUCUCUUUGUUUUUACAGGUUAACUUUGGUUAUAUGGAACAUGGAGAGAAGAAAAAUACGCUGAUAAAACUUAGUACGUAGAUAAACUUAGCAAUUAAAUGAUUUUAAUCAAAUUACGGCUGUGAAUUUAAUGAUUUGUUUUAUCUGUGGGGUUAAAAGUGUAAAGAUGGACUUAGUGAUUUCAUUGAAAUUAAAAUCUUUUUAACCGAUUUCUAUUGAACCUUUUUCUAACACAGGGCUUUGUCCGGAUUGUUCUUAUAAACUCAACUAUCGUCACCAGUAAGUGUUUUUUUAUUACUAGAUUAGUAUAUAUUCACGGGGACAACUAUUAAUGGUGCGUUCAGUACUGUUGACCUUAUAUCCAGGAAUAGGAAUAAUAACAUAUUAGAAUAUUCUGGAAUAUCCCUUUGAUUGACCUGUUUCAUAUCUAGAAGAUUUAUCCUUCUCAGACGGAUAAUUCAUCUCUAGUCUAAAUUCGGUCAAUGAAACAGCUCAAUCAAACGGAUAUUCCAGAAUAUUCUAAUACAUUUGUAUUUUAAACUUGUUUAGUCUGUCAGCACCUACGUCUAUCACACGAGACGAAUUUGGAGCCAAAAUUCGUCUAAACACCGGAUUUAUAUCCAGACGAUUUAUCCUUCUCAAAUAGAUAAUUCGUCUUAGACAGAUAAUUGAAGACGCCUCUAGUAUAAAUUCGGUCAUUUCUUUGGUUUAAGACGGUUAAAUGACUUUUCUAACAGGUUAUUUUAUAGAAGGAAAGCCAAUUUGAAAAUGGCUCAGAUUGCGGUUUUAUCAUAAGACUGCUUUUCAGGGUAUCCAGCUAUAGAGCCAUUCAUUUAUAUGUAAUGUUGACAGUCAAGCCAUAUGAAACUGCGAAGAUUCUAUAACAGACUCUCUAAUACGUUCGUAGAUUGCGUAUAUCUCUAAUGAGUUCACAGCUAAGUUCAUUUUAUAAAAAAUUGACCUGUUGCUUGUUGCCAAUAUAAAUAUGUAAAAAAGGAUGCAGUAUUGUUUAAAUUAUUCUGGUACAAGGUUUUUGUCCAAUGAAAAUUGAAAUUACUCAAUUUUCUGAUGGAUUCCGUCUUAAUACAACUCUUGGAAUUUGAUAUAACUUAGGCUUGUACCCUCAUGUUAUAUCCAAGAGUUACGGUGCUUCAUUUUUCUUUGUACUGAACUGUUUAUUUGUAUCCAUAGAAGGAAACUCGCGAAGCAAAGAAAGAAAGAAAAAAUUACGACAUCGGUAGAGUCUCUUUCAACUAAAGAGAAGAAUAAGAAACACAAAGACAAAGACAGACCAGUGCCAUCAGUGGUUUCUGGUAACCAUUCUGAUGAUGAAAGAGGUUAGUUUUUUUCUUUCAUUUUAUGACCAGAACACGCGCCUGUGUUGUUGUUAACUUAUAGAUCGGUCGCCAGUGUGACUUUGAGCGCUUUCCAUUUGUAUGGAAAACCCGGCAAUUCCGGUGAGAAUUCAAAUGGAACGGUUCAUCCUGGUGGAAAUUUUUCGGGAAAGAGGUAAAAUCUUCCGAGAUGUUACCUUUUUCCCGCUUUACCGAAAUGACCGAAAUUUUCUGUACCAUUUUUGUGGAUUGCCAGUGCCAGGCUUCCUUUCGAGAGAGAGGAUUUACCGUAAUUUUGUAAAUGGUACAACUAAAUCCCAUUCCUGUUUUCGUUGCGAACAAAAUACGAGAACCAUUUGUCGGACAAUUUUCACCGAAAUUUCCGUACAAAUGGUAGGCGCUCUCUUUUAAAGAAUUUGACACGGAGUAGAGGAUCGCUGUAAGCAAAUGUGGGAGCGACACCGAUUUCGGUCAUCCUUCAUUCUCGAGGGAACCCACCAAAAAGUAGCUCUCCAGUAGAGUGGGAACCCUAGUACUAGGCUUACGGGCUAUUCAAAUGCCGAGGUGAUGCGCUGUGACUUUCUUUCUGGGUCAGGUGGUGCAUGCGUAUCUGCUCUUGCGCGAGCGAGAUUUCCUUAGGCUGCCUCAGGUGGUCGACUUAGUCAUGUUGGACUGCAGUACAAACUUCAUUCUGGAGCGAAAUUCCUUCUUUCAUGAAAGUUAUUCCUGUAACAUGUGGAUAGUCCCUCUCUCUUGGCCACAAGAGCAUAACAUGCUGGUCUUUUAAGAGUUUUAUGUUACUCAUUAUAAGUCAGUUUCACUACUGCAAGGCGGGUAUUAUUCCUUAUCCAGUUUUAAAAGUAUCAUGUUGAGUUGGAAUAUAAGUUAAGCUUGAGCGGUAGUGAUGUCAUGACGAUAACGUAAAAAAAACCUCUAGUAGUGAAAAACCAGCUUUCAGUUUAGAUUUUGGAAUUUCGUUCAUCAACAGUACUCGAUUUUGCUUCAAUUUUAAGCCACCUUUAGUACUUUGCAGUUUUUUAAACACAUAAAUUAUUUAUUCCCAAGAAAGGACCAGAACGGUUUGAUUAUCGUUUGUUCUACUAUAGUCACUUUGUUAUUGAUGAUAACGUUUGAUUGGCUCUGUAGGACAGGAGCCCAUAACCUGGAGUGAGAUGCACCCAUACAAUGCCUUUGUCACGGCAUUUUCACGGACGGUUUAUUUUUAGAUACAAUUUACAGCACUUUUUCCCACGAAAAUGAGAUAAGAAAAGAUAUGCAAAAGGAAAGCGAAAUUAAAAGGUAAAAAAUACCUUUUUCAGGUCUGUAGUUUUUGCUGACUGGUUUGUGGGACUCCAAAAGAUACUCUAAAUUCGCACCAAAACCGUUCUAAAAAUAACUUAUCGGUGUAAAUGCCGUGACACGAGGACAUGGAAGUUGCUCUCUCCCUGUUAUUAGCUCCUGGCAAGACUAUUAGUAACACUGUUGUUGGUGUUGACUGGUGCAAUUCAACAUCACCAAUGAAGAGCAAAAUACUGUAAUCAAUGAGAAGGUGACAAAUCACACAAAAACCAUGAUGCAUAGACUAAUAAUUGUCUCACAGGUCACUCUCAGGUGCUUAUGUGGUUAUUGGUUUAAAAAUUUACACCAUUACCGUUUCUUUCGGUUAUAUAUAGAUGUACCUUCUGGCUCCGCCCCGAAUAAGGAGGCUUCGAGUGUUGAAGAUAUCUGGAAAGGCCCCGCCAAGAAAACCGUAGACAAAACAAGGUAUAUGUCUUUGUUGCUUAAGGAUCCAGAUAGACAUGCAUCGAGGUCAUUUAUUCUGAUCAUUUUCAGUCUGGCCCCAGUUGUUCGAAAAGUGGAUAACGCUAUCCGCCGGAUAAUUCCCUAUCCACUGGAUAACGCAGUUGGGUUCCCUCACACUUAUUCCCUGGAAAGUGAUGUUUCCCGUGGAUAGCGCUAUCCAACUUUCGAACAAGUGGGGCAUCCCAUAGCACAGGUAGACCACCCACUGUUCGUGCGGCCAUUGUUGUUGCAAUCUGUAAAUGUUUCAAUAAAAGAUCAAACUAAAUGUUAACCGAGUCAGUGUCAGGUUUUUUCACCGUCCCGAGUUGUGUACAACGAUAUUUUGCGAGGUAAUUAUUUGACUGGCGUCUUCAAGUCAACUAAUUUUGUUACAAAAAUAAAGCAUCAAACAGCUCGGCGGGGACAGCGAAAAAUGAGACAUGAAUUAGUCAACAUUUCGUUUGAUCUUUGAUUGAAUAUGUACUUUCAAAUCCGAAGCUUGGCGCACAUCCUAACCGCCGUACAUUAAGUUUAUCCAUUCUCUGUUUAUUCUAUACAUUACUAUAAAUCGAUGAUCCCAUACUGGCUCACAAACAGGGUGGUUGCCCUGUGCUCAUAGGAAGCCUUAUGAGCCAACUGACAGCAAAAACAAACAAACAAACAAAGAGCUUACAAGAAAUGACCUUAUUUUUUGGGCUAAGUAUUGGAAAAUCCUGUUGGUCCUAAGUUGUCCAAGUGAGCUUUAAUUUAUGAUUGUGUACAAAGAUGAUUAAAUUUUGUAUUCUCUAACUUUUUAAAUCGAUAGAGAAGAGGAAUUUGAAGAGUACUUCCAAGAUAUGUUCCUUUGACCAAAUUCUUUUUUUCGUGCCAGGCAAAAGAACAGGAUGCAG